AUGUCAGAAAGAUCUAAGUUUGAUCUUGAACCGAAUCCAUUUGAGAGAUCAUUUGCUUCAAAAGAGUCCUCAUUAUCUAUUGGUAAUCAGUCUAGUAUAGAUUCGGAUUCGCUAAGACACAGUUUUGGACCAUCCAACAAACAUGUGCACCCUGAACAUCAUCAUCAUCAUCAUCACUUGCCAUUGGCACAUCAACAGUCUACGAAAUUACCAGGGAUAACGCCUCCACUAUUUACGCCUGGUGGAAGAAGAUUACCACCAGUUGAACAGAUUUCCAACCCCGUAACACCGACUACAAACCUUUGGAAUAGUUUACUAACAGCAUCUAGUAACCACCAUGCACCCUCCGGUCCAGCUCAGGCUCCAACACAUUCGCAUCCUCCUCCUCCUCCUCCUCCUUCUUCAGUACAGAAUGGACAGUUUGCACAGCAAAACUAUAACCAAUUUAUGUCAUCAGUAAGAAAAACGGGGUUGACUCCGAAUGAAUCAAAUUUGAGAACAGGACUUACACCUGGAGGAUUUUCUAAUUUUGGGUUUGGAGGGCAAGUGGUUGUGCCUGGGUUAUCUACGCCGGGUGCAUUACUCAAUGGAUCUAUAACCCCGGGAUUGUCGAAUCUUUUGGGAAUGAAUGGGGUCAUUGGGAAUAUGGUACAUCAAGUACAGGAAGAACAAGUACCUAAUAUAGUCCAGGAACCUAAUAUCACCCAGCAACAAUCUGAAACACUGAAAUCUUUUGAAAAAAACGAGCCUAGUCAGGUUCCGUCUCUUGAAAAAGAAGCCACAGACGAGAAAUUGAAAAAGAACGAGGACCAAAAAGAGGACCAAAAAGAGGAGGAGGAGGAGGAGGAUCAAAAGGAGAAGGAGGUGCAAAAUGAAGCUGAAUCUGAGACGGUGGGUGCAUCUUUAAAAAGGAGGAGAGCUUCGGCUAAAACAACAUUAGCAGAUAGGAAAAAAAGCAAGAAGAAAAAAAAGGAGACUGACAAAAAGGAGACUGACAAAGCUUUUGACGAGGAUAAGAGAAAGAGUUUUCUUGAAAGAAACAGAGUUGCGGCAUCAAAAUGUCGACAGCGGAAGAAACAGUUGUUACAAAAGAUGGAGGAUGAAUUGGCAUUUUAUUCCAAUGGAUACCGUGAGUAUAGUGCCCAAGUAACUCAAUUACGAGCGCAAUUACUAAAAUUGAAAACUAUUUUAUCGGUACACAAAAAUUGUCCAGAGCUUAUUCAAUAUAUGGGAGGGCGAGAAAAUUUAGAAAAAUUGUUAAACGAAGCUACAUUAACUACGGAGGUGACGGUUGAAGCACAAAAUAAUAUGACAUCAAUACCAUCUACGAUACCAACAACCUUGAACAUCGAGCAACUUCAUCAGAAUCAGUUCUCUAGAGCAAAUCUUAAAUCUGUUCUUCAUAUACUUACCCAGGAACUUAAAAAAAAUGGCACAAGAACUCCCCACAUUUUCCUACCUUUCCGAUCUAAAAUCAGUGAUAACAAGUUGAACGACUUUUUAUCAACAAUAACCAAGGACGGAGCUCUACGAGACACUUUGUUUCUAAAGGAUAUUUGCUCCAAAACAGACGAGUUUACACUCAUUUGUUGUUUGAAAUAUUUUUGGGCACGACUUCCAAACCACGAGAUUAUAGGAAUCGACGUGUACAAUGAGUUCAAGAGAAGAGAAGCCGAACGCAAUUAUCCGAAAAAUGCAUUUCUAACAAUAAUGCCUAAAUGUUUGUCCUCGCCGGCACAUGCAUCGAUUGUAUAUGAUUUUUUGGACUUGAUCUUGAGUAUCAUAUCGAAUUCAAAGUAUAAUUAUUUAAGUGGAAGAAAGAUUAGCAAAAUGGCGAGUUUUUGGGCAUUCAAUAGUCGCCGGCCGCAUGGAGGAAAAGGAAAAGAAAAAGAAGAAGAAGAAGAAGAAGAAGAAAUUGGUUUCAUUGAGGGCAUGGAAAACUGGAGAAAGUAUACAAUGCCCUUGUUCCAUUUGAUUUUAUCAUUCCUACGCUCUAUGUUACCCGAGAGCGACUCUGAAACUUUGAAACUACCUAAAGCAUUAAGAAGGUUAUUAGUGGCUACGCAGUACCCACCUAAUGAUGACAAUGAAAGCUUGGGAAACCUGAUCAAUGUGCCUUGUAUUUGCAUUGCCACAACCCAACCAUCUUUAAACCCGUAUGAUUUGAUAAGUAAAGUGAGACAAAGUCAGUCGUUUACUCGAAAGGACAUGUUUUCAAAAGAAAAUUAUGCAAUUUAUAAGCAUGUUUUUGCAAAGAAAAGUACUAGUGAGGCGGUGGACACUUUUACCGAGGAAUCAAAAAGGGUGCUUUCGAGAUUAACUGCGCAAGAGUCACCAAAUAAGCAUAAUUUGAAGCCUGGCUGGGCAAUACCAUCUGUUGGAAAUGUGGAGCUACCACUGUUUACUCAAAUAACCAUCAAAGAUGUCUCGCUUCAGGAUUACUUUAUCUGGACCUGGUUGUCCUCGCUUUCUAGCGACCAGCCCGAACUGGUGAAAAAGUCAUUUGGUAGAUCCUUAAUUGUUGAAGCAGAUGUGAUGGGGUUCAAAAAAUGGAUUGUACUAACCGAAGAACGAAUAGAUCCAGAAAGUUUCGUAACAUUGUCAGAAAAGCAGAAAAAGUUGCGGUACAAUCUAAAUAAGAAAAUACUUAUUGAUGAAUAUAAAAAUAUGCCACUACCUCCACUUCCAACUGAACGUAUGGAGGAGCAGAAUACCACAAGUGCAGUCUCGAGUCUACUUGAAAAUUCAAAAGAAACUUUUAAAAAUUUUGAGAGGCUGAUACUGCUGCUUGAUGGUGAUGAUGAAGUGAAAGAGGAAGAGGAGAAGGAAGUGGAAGAGGAGAAGGAAGAGAAAGAGAAAGAGAAAGAGAAAGAGAAAGAGAAAGAGAAAGAGAAAGAGGAAAAGGAAGAGCUAUAUUUUCAAAAUAAACAGUUGAAAUUCGAACCAAAAAGGGAUAUCCCAAAUUUGAGCUUGAGGUUUACAAAAGUAACGCUAGGAGAUAUGCAUGCGCCAGUAAAACCCACCACUCCUGGAAGAAAAGCUCCGCCUUUUGACUCAUGCAAGAUGCUUCCCAAUUUGAAAGCUAGAUCUGUUGUUGAGGAAGAAAAUCUGCAAAAGGAAGCAAGCAUCAAUACCAACAAAAAAACACCAAAACUACCAUUUCUGGAAGGUAAUUUUCAUAGUGAUGAUCACAACAAUAACGCUGCAUCAGAGGAGAAACAACGCCAGAGGAAGGCAAAGAAAUUUCAGAAGCAUGCAGAAGCUGCUCAGUUGGCUGCUGCUCAAGCUGCAGGAUUCCAAUUUGCAAUGUUGCCUAAUACCAUUGCUCCACCAUCUAUUACUUUAUCCAAUAAUUCUCAAUUGAAUAAGAAUACCUCACCCCACCUAGUUAAAUCUAUGCUCCUACCCGAUCCAGCAAUAGUGCCUCCAAACUCAUCCCCUAUCAAAGAGCAACGGUCACCCAAGAAAUCCCCAGCUCGUAUUAACGAAUCUGAUUUUCCACAGGUGGAGUUAGACAAGACUCCGAACACAAAUAGUGUGGUUGUUGACUUUGCUCCUCAAGAUAAUAUGGAAAACUCUUCACAUUUCAGCUCCGUAUCCUCAAUAUCACAUCAACAUCUGCCGCCAGUCUCGAUUCAAAAGGACCAUAGCAAAACAUACAUUUACGACUCACACUCGCCUAAUACCUCACCUUCUUCGAGAAAUCGUAGUAGCUAUGAAACACAAGUGACAAAGGCUUCGUCGCAAGACAGUCAAGAUACGCAUAUACUGGUGCAUGAAAAUGGGAAAGCAGAAAAGGUGAAAAGCCCAGGGAAAGAUGUAACUCCCAAUACGCGCGAGCAACAGGCAACUCAACUGCUUAUGCAUGGGCAACCUAUAUACCAACAGCAACAACCAAUAUACCAACAACAACAACCAAUGUACCAACAGCAACAACCAAUGUACCAACAGCAACAACCAAUGUACCAACAACCAAUAUACCAACAACCAAUAUACCAGUAUCACCCAAGUCUCCACCCCCACCAGGGACCAAUACAUCUACAGCCGGCACCAACUCUUCAGCCUAAUACUCACUUACGUACGCAAGGCAUGCUGCCUGUACAGCAGCAAUACAAGCAUGCUAAUCAAUUUGGUUCACCUAUAAACAUGGUCCCCGUUGGUUUCAAGCACGACAAGAACAAGGCCGUUAAUAAGGCGAACUUACGGGAGGCAUUUGCUAAAGGCGAUUAUGGCAUAUAA